UCUCACUUCUCUCUUCCUUUCUGGCCGGCCCGGACCCUUCGCUCGCAGCACCCGUGAUUCCCCGCCCUACGCGCUCGUCUAGCAGGAGCAUGGCGCUCUCCCCGCGGCUCCGGCUGACAUUAGGACUCUUCAUAAUCCUGAUUCAGUCUAGAGGUACUACCCAACAAGAAGCAGCAGAAGGCUGCUCACAGAAGGAAAAGGUUGGUAGCACCUGUAAACCGGAAGUUAGCGACUAUGAAGACGAGGAGGACGAUGUGGAUAAAUGCCUUGAGAAGACAUUACAAUGUGGAUACCAUGCCAACUGCAAGAACAACUCCUGCGUAUGUGUAGAAGGAUUUGAGCCUGACCCCGAGAAUGAAAAAGCAUGCAAGGACAUUGAUGAGUGCCAGAAAAACACUUCCAUCUGUGGACCUUAUGGAAGUUGCAUCAACACCAAAGGGGAUUACCUUUGUAAAUGCAAGCCGGGAUUUGCGAAGAGCAUACAAGAUGACAAAAAGCUAUGUAGAGAUAUUGAUGAAUGUAAACAAAAUAUUUGUCAUGAAAGUGCCGAAUGUGAAAACGUCGAGGGGAGCUUUCUGUGUACGUGCCCAUCAGGGUAUUUUCAGUAUAUGGAUGUUGGACCGUUGGGUAAAAACAUCACAAAAUGCAAAGAAUUCAGCUGCCCGGAGCCUUCAAGUGAUAACUGUUCAGAUGGACAGGCACUCCUCUGUGACUUCAGAGCAAAAAGGAAGCAUCUCUGUGAUUCAUUGCUGGAAAUGCAAGGGGCAACAGAUGCAAAGAAGCAGCUGCAGGGUCUGCUGGCACUUCUGGAUGACCUCGUGGCUCUGAUGCCAAGUGGGAACAAGGAGCAGGGGCACCGUUUGGUCACUGAGAUGAUGGGAACUGUGGAGGUCCUGCUCAGAGUUCUAGCAUUCGCUUUACCCAAAAACACUGUGAGCACGGGGAGCAGCAAUGGAACAGAGUUGACCAUGGACAUCAGGACAGCUGGGAACCGAAACCAGAGCUCAGCACGGCUGUUGCAGGAUUCUACCCAAAUGAAGCUAAAAUGGGAAGCAGCAAGCAAAGAAGGCGAAGCUUUCAGCCUGGCCGGCCUGCUCUCCUACCGCAGACUGGGGACCAUCCUGGCUGAUGCUCACGUUGAAGGGAAAGAAUGGGAGCAAGUGGGGAAGUGCCCACAAUGUGCACAGGUGCCAGGCAAGCCCAACUACGAGGUCCUGUCCACGGUGGCCUCUGCUUUUGUGGGCCACAAUGAAACCACAGCCUUGAGGGCCCCUGUCUCUUUCAACUUCAGUCACCGGAGAACAGAAUCAAGGCCUGACCUGCAGGUGAUUUGUGCCUUCUGGAAGCCUGUCAAUGGCAGUGGGCACUGGUCUCAAGAAGGCUGCACACGCCUGAACACCAGCACUGACACCAGCACACACUGCCAGUGCGACCACCUCACCAGCUUUGCUGUCCUCAUGGCCUUCUAUGAUGUGGAGGACUGGGGCCUGGAUAUCAUCACCAAGAUUGGGCUGGUUGUGUCUCUGAUCUGCCUGUUCCUGUCCAUCCUCACCUUCCUGUUCUGCCGUGCCAUCAGAGGUAUCCGCACCACCAUCCACCUCCACCUUUGCCUGGCCCUCUUCGUUGGCUACGUCAUAUUCCUCAUGGGUGCCGGGAACACUGCCAACCAGACAACGUGUGCUGUAGUUGCUGGGCUGCUGCAUUUCUUCUUCCUCUCGGUCUUCUGCUGGAUGCUGCUGGAAGGCAUGGAGCUCUACCUGAUGGUCGUCAAGGUCUUCAAUACUCACAGCCUCCGGCAGUGGCACAUCUUCCUUGUAGGAUAUGGAAUCCCAGCCAUCGUGGUGGGCAUCUCAGCUGCUGUCAAUAGCGAGGGCUAUGGCAACCUAAGAAACUGCUGGCUUAAAAUGGAUAAAGGGUUCCUUUGGAGCUUCCUGGCCCCUGUUGCCCUCAUCAUCAUGCUGAACGCCGUUGUCUUUGUGGUUACUGUCUGGAAGCUCUCUCAGAAGUUUGCCGAUAUCAAUCCCGAUAUGAGUAAACUGAAAAAGCAGAGGGUACUCACAAUCACAGCCAUUGCCCAGCUCUGUAUUCUGGGUACCACUUGGGUCUUUGGCCUGUUUCAAUUCAGCAAUCAAACCCUCGUCAUGUCUUAUAUCUUCACUAUCCUCAACAGCCUGCAAGGACUUUUUAUCUUCCUCCUGCAUUGUCUGCUCAAGAAACAGGUGCGUGAUGAUUACUACCGCUGGUUCUGCAAGGACAAACAUGGCAAGCCCCACAGCAGUGACAAGUAUUCCAACUUCAGCUCCACAGUAGGUUCCAACACAUUACAGGCACCCAGUACUUUGAAAGAAUCUGGAAUUUAGCAACCAAACUUUGCAGAAGCAAGUUUCAAGAGUGCUGUUUGGAACAUGAGAACCACAUCAUCUUGUUCCAGCACUCUUUCUUCUGGAAGAGUCACCCACUAAGAUGUACAGGCCUACUGCAGCAAGGACAUUUGAACUGCCAGAAGGCUAUAUAGGGACCCACUGAGCAAACUCCAUAACUGGACCAAUGCUAUUAAGCUGAUGUUGGCACAGUCUCUUC